GUNGGUGCCGAUCUUUUCUGGGAGAUUCUUGGCCGCGAGACUCACUCUCUCGGUCCUAAUAAUCCAAAGUUAAGAAGCUCUCAGUUUGGUUGGAUUAUUUCGGGUCCUAUGACUACAAUCACUACAUCACACAAAAACAAAACAGUACAAUGUAACCAUUCCAUAAUAUCAAACAGACUUAAUGAUGACGAUACUAAAAUUCACAAUGACCUUACUAAAUUCUGGGAACUUGAAGAAGUUCCACUAAGAUCCAAAUUGAGUGAAAGCGAGAAGGCAUGUGAAUCUCAUUUUCUAUCCCACACUUUCCGCUUAGAGUCCGGUAGAUUCUCAGUGAGCUUACCUCUAAGGGAAUCGCCCAAUUGUCUUGGACAGUCAUACAAUUUAGCCAAAUUACGACUAUUGAAUUUAGAAAGACGAUUCCGAAAGCAACCAGAAGUCAAAUCACAAUACAUACAAUUUAUGCGCGAAUACUCCGAACUAAGUCAUCUGUCGGAGUCUCCUAUUAUAAACCCAAACACUUCUUAUUUUUUAUGCCACCAUGCUGUUUUUAAAGACAGUAGCGAAUCGACGAAGAUCAGGGUGGUGUUUGAUGGCUCUGCUCCUACUUCCUCCGGUUAUUCUGUCAAUGAUCUCUUUUUGGUUGGUCCCAACAUACAGGAUUCACUUUUCUCCAUUCUUAUAAGAGCUCGACAGUACAAGUACCUCCUGACCGGUGAUGUCGAGAAGAUGUACCGCCAGGUCCUAAUUAAUAAAGAGGAUAGAGAUCUUCAACUUAUAUUAUGGAGAGAGGAUGAGAAUAGUCCAAUCAAGACGUUGCAACUUAAUACUAUUACUUACGGAAUGGCAAGUUCUAGUUAUUUGAGUACACGCUGUCUUUGGCAGUUGGGUGAAGACUGCUCAGAUCCCCUGAUUAAACAAAUAAUACAACACGACUUUUACAUAGAUGAUCUCAUUACAGGAACUGACGAUGAAAGUAGUUUGCGUCAUAUUCAUGAAACAGUGUCUGCAGCCCUUCAGAAAGGCUGCUUCAAUCUUAGAAAAUUCAAAACUAAUUUACCAAUGAUAUUAGAAGGGACCACUGCAAGUUCAAGUAAUAAUUUGAUUGUAAGUGAAUCUUCUUCAACUUUGGGUAUGGGUUGGAAUCCAUCCACUGAUCAGUUGCACUUUCCUUUUAAGGUUUCACCCCCUACUGCUGUUCCUACAAAGCGAUUCAUACUAUCUUCGCUUCUAAAAAUUUUCGAUCCUUUGGGUUUAUUGAGUCCUUGCGUAAUAAAGGCUAAAAUGCUUUUGCAACAAUUGUGGUUGCAUAAGCUUGCAUGGGACGAUCCAAUUCCCAAUGAUAUCCAAAGAAAUUGGAACAAAUUUUCCAUAGCUAUACCUUCGCUUCUAAAUCUUGAGGUACCGAGACGAGUGCUCUGCGAUGAACCAAUAUCUAUAGAACUUCAUUCCUUUAGUGAUGCAUCUCAGAAUGCAUACGGAGCUUGCAUCUACCUGCGCUCUGUCAACUCCAAUAAUGAAGUAACUUUGACGAACUAA